CUGUCAGACUUGAAACAGCCAAAAGGAAGAGAAGAAAGGAUGGUGAGAACAGAAGAAAGCGCCGAACUGUAGUCGUAGAAAGUCCGGGGGGGUAAAAAAGUCCUGACUGUUUAAAAAGUGAGAGGAGAACCCAGCGCGCGAGCCCAACUGACUCACGCUGAGCGGCUCGAGACGAUCUUUGAAAAGCAACAACCUCCGUUCGACUAGAGUUGCGUAGAUAAAAGGGUUUUUAAAUGCAACGCUGUGUGAAGAUCAUGGCAGCCGACACGAAGAGCUCACUGGGCAGCAAUAUCUGCCCAAACCGCAGCCGGAGAAAGCUGCUGGUCGCCGUGGAUCUCUUCUGCCUGUUCUUAGCCGGCCUGCCUUUCUUGGUCAUUGAGACCUCCGCUGUUCAGCCGUACCGUAGAGGGUUUUACUGCGACGAUGAAUCCAUCAGGUACCCGGCCAAAAGCGGAGAGAUCGUUAGCGACACUCUGCUUAGCGCGACAGGCAUUCUAAUCAGCAUCCUCUCUAUCAUAAUAGGUGAAAGCUUCAGGAUCUUCUUUCUGACCAAGGAAUCCAAGUCGUUUGUUGGGAACCCCUACUUUGCUGCUUUCUACAAACAGAUUGGGGUGUUCCUCUUUGGCUGUGCCAUCAGCCUGUCCUUCACCAACAUCGCCAAGGUGACGCUAGGCCGCCUGCGGCCACACUUCAUCGACGUGUGCAAGCCUGACUUCUCCACCAUCAACUGCUCCCUGGGCUACAUCACGGAGUACACGUGUCUAGGGUCAGAGAGUAAAGUCCAAGAGGCUAGGAAGUCAUUCUUAUCUGGACAUGCGUCGUUCUCCAUGUACACCAUGCUCUACCUAGUGUUUUACCUGCAGUCUCGCUUAACUUGGAACGGAGCCCGCCUGCUGCGUCCGUUGACCCAGUUCGCCCUCAUCAUGAUAUCCUUCUACACUGGCCUGACCCGGGUGUCCGACCACAAGCACCACCCCGCCGAUGUCCUGGCCGGGUUCUUUCAGGGCGCCCUGGUGGCCGUCUGCAUCGUUUUCUUUGUGUCCGAUUUGCUUUGGCCCAAAAGAGGAUGGUGCCUUUUGACCCAGAUGCCGGUGAAGAAAGAUUGCCUUCCUCCAGCAGACACCAGGGAGCAGGGCAACCCUCUCACCAUGGUGUAAAAACAAGGCUGAAAACCGACUGAAAGCAAGAAAUGAGCAGAACUGUGCCUUUGUUAUUACUAUUAUUAUUAUUAUUUUCCUACAGCCACUUGUUCUUACUGAAUGAAAUGGACACUCUGGAAAGUGCAGAAGUGAACCACAGAAAGCAGUUAAAGAAAGUUUUGCUUUCUGAAGAACUUUUUCUUUUUUUUUAAUGUUUUUCCCCAAAUCUCACAAGACAUGUGAAUGUGUAGGGAGGUGAGACGACCUUUUUGUUGUUGUUGUUUUGUUACACAAGGAGUAUUUGACCUUCUCUUCUGUUAUGAAGAACUUUUUGGGUUUUUUCUGAGCAAAAGUCCGGAAUUCAAGCAAAAGCCUACGAAUGGCGGCCGCUAACAAAGCUGUGUGCGGCUUUUCUGCGUUUUAUUUGUCCAGCAUGGGCGCUCCACUCGUAGCCCUGCUCCUCGCUGUGUGACUCAUAUUUGAACAGAAUAAAAAUAAACAAUAAAAAAUACAAAUUCCUCUAUUUCAGGAAGGAUAUUGUUUUAGUUUAUUACAAGACAUUGCAUGCGUGACUUUUAAAGCACUAUUUUCCUCUAGUAUUGUUCGUCACCUCUUGAACGACCUUUUUUGAAAAGCUUUUGGAAAGCUUCACUCUGUGUGUAGUUCAGUGUUGCCUCAGACGUUAUAGUUAUGUGGAAAAUACAGCGACGAUGUGGGUGGGUUUUAGAUGUGGGCCUCAUUCUGCUGGCAUGGAUGGGCCCCCACUGAGCCGUUUAAUGAAAUGACGGUCUUUUAUAUGUGCCAGACGGGUGUUCACGCGUUAGGUCAGAGUGUGUGUGCGUGUGUGUUUUAAGGUUAGGUCGUAUAUUUCAGUAUUCAUCGCCUAAAAGUGUGGCAGAGAAGAGGCACCUGUUUUAGCAUACAAAUUGAUACAAUUUGAUCACAUGUACCCGUUACUUAUCAUUGGUUUCCUAUAACACUUAUGGCUAUGUAGCUAUGUGUGUAUGUGUUGCCAGUAGAGAUGCACUGACCAGUGACUGGCCAGUUGGAAACUCAAAAAUCUAGUCCUUUCCAACCAGGGAACGCAGCAUAACGAAGGCCAAUACCUUGGUGAGCAUGGAGAUGUUAGCCUUUGGCAAUUUUUGAUAUGGACGUCAUUCGAAGCUAGCCGUGUUCAGUGUCAGUGAAAUGUUUUAAAACGAGUCGAAAGAAGAACCAAACAUUUUAGAAGCUAAGGUUAGCUGUAUUUGCAAUGGAGGGAUGCUAGCUGCUCAUUCAGGCUAGACUCCCAACACUUCUUGAACAUAUGUGAGUUUUUCCAAGUAUGCUAACUACUCUAAUCAUGUUAACCAUUGUAAUUUUAUGGUAAUCUCUGCAAUGCGAUGCCAAAAACAUAAUACCCAUAGUAGCUUAUGUUGUAAAUUCACAUAAUUGGGAUGUCGGUAGAGAUGCGCUGACCUGUGACUGGCCAGUUGGGAACUCAAAAAGUCAGGGAUUGCACUGUAAAGAAGGCUAACAGGUUACACAGCUAGCCUUGGACAUUCUUCAACGUGGACAUUGUUACAUGGAGCUAGCGAUGUUUGGUAUCAGUGAAAUGUUUUAACCUCGAGUUCGAAGAAGAACCGAAGGUUUAGGAAGCUAUUUGAAGAUUAGCCGUAUUUACUGUGGAGGGAUGCUAGCUGCUCUAGACUUCUUUUGGUGUUAAUACUUCUGGACCUUUUCAAUAUCUAGGAUCUCAUGCCAAAAACAACUCAUAAUGUUAACUCUAUUAUUUUCUUCCUGUUUUACCCCUUUCUCACACAGUGUGACUUCGCCUCUGAUCCAAGUACAAUGGCUCAUUUAAAAAUAAUUAAUUUUCUGACAGCAGGAAUUCUUUAUUAAAAACAGUUGGAUUAAGUGACAAAUCAGAAUCAACUUAAACUGAUAUUACUAGAACAUAGGCUGCUAUUAUAACUUUUAACUGUAGGAACUGUACGUUGGAACAUUUUAGCCGUUUUUAACUAAUAUAUUUUAGAACCUAGAUACAAGCUGUACAAAAUUGGAGAUCGACAACAGAACUCUGAUCGGCGAAUCUCUAGAUGACAUAAACCUGAUGUAAUACCUGCAGUGUGCUUGCAUGACUCCGUUGUGAAGCACAUAUAGGAAGCCAGUGCCUUAAAAUAUCCAGACUCGCUUAUAAAUAACUAAGACUGCCUCAGAAAGUUCACUGUGCCACUACGUGUUGUAAAUUGCUGUAAAGUGUGUCCUGUUUGUGUCCUGCAGAAACGCCCACUAUGACUCUGCGUUGAGACCUGUGUAAAUGUAGAACGUGCUUCUGCGUGAGGCAAACAGCGUCCAGUGAAGUGAAUAUUAACUUGUAUAAAACCAAGAACGAAGCGGGUCAAAACCAGACUCCUUCGGUUCUGGGGUUGUUGUUUUUUUUCUGUUUUGUUAUAAGAACAAAACAAACAAAAAAAACUUUAUAUUUUUGUAAUGUGAAAUUUUAUACCAUAAAGCUGUAUUAAAGAGAGGAUGUCUUUAAUAAAAACACAAAAGAAAAGUGAA